UGUCGUUCAAGUUGAAGGCUGUUUCAUCGAUAUGUUGGCCGGCUCAGCUGCGUUAUCAUGUGCAUCUAGGUGCAUACGAUACGCUGGGUUGGUGGUAGGUUAUAAGCGGGGCCCGCUCGGGAGAGGAUGAUGCCUUGAUUUCGUCCGACUGGGUGUCCUCUGCGGCUUUGUGACGACCUUCGACGAUCCAGUCAUGUCUGAGGCCUCUACUGCGUAUCCUGCAUCUCCUGCUCCCGCUCUUAUAUCCUACGAGGAUCCUGAUGACACGAAGCGUCGUUCCCUCUAUCCGCCCGGAGGUGCGGUAUCAGACGCGCGGACUCCUCAGCUGGCGAAUGUCGUCGACCCGCCGCGGCCCGAGCUGUGGCUCUUCUGGUUCGGAUGGAUCUGCCUUCCACUCUGGUUCGUCGGAAUAGGCCUGUGGGCCGUGCGGCGCAGACGAAGCCCCUAUGAACUCGUCAUCCGUGUGUCGGACGUUCCCCCCUCCUCGUCAGUCCACACAGACUCGGCGGCAGAGGACGGGCAGAGCGGGUUUGAAGACACGGUCGUCGCGAUAACGAAGGAGCAGCUCGAGCGUGCGGCGGCGCAGCACCGCGCCGCGCUCCGCUGGGGCGUCGGGUGCCUCGUGAUGGGCAUUGUCGGCUGUCUCAUGCUUAUCGGGUGGAUGGGCUGGGUGGGGUGGUAUAUUCGUCAUGAUCCCUGAGGAUGAUUGAUGUUUGGCUGGUGGAUGUUGAUGCUUUGAAUGAACGGGAUGUGUACGGCUUCUGGACUUGCUGACUGGAACAUGACUUCUUUACGUGGCGGCUUCAUGCUCAAGGACGAUUGUCGCUUUCUUCAUACUUCUUAUGACAUUUAUAU